AUGUCGGACACACAAAACAAACGGCGCCGUGUGACUCGUGCUUGUGACGAAUGUCGAAAGAAGAAAGUCAAAUGCGAUGGCCAGCAACCGUGCAUACAUUGCACUGUUUACUCGUACGAGUGCACUUACAACCAGCCAAGCAAGCGGGUCUCGACACAACAGCCGGCUACUGGCACACCAGUAUCGACGGGGCCCUUGAAAUCACAGGAUAGCGGGGCACCUGUUUCGGCGUCGUUUCCACGGCCGCAACGCUCGAAUUCCAGUCUGACCCGAACUUAUAGAAAUGCGCAAAUGCAAUCCUUGUCCAAAUACAAAAGCCUGUUCAACCAGCUGUUCCCGCAAAUGCCGAAUAUCGAGCAGUUAGAUGUGUCGGCGUUUGUAAAGACUAUCCAGAGCUUCACCGCGUCCAAUAGGGCAAUGCAGGACGCCCUGAAGGAGCGUCAUCUCAGUAUACAGGAUGGCAAUUACAGCUCUGAAUCUCCCGUUACAAAUCCUGGAACGGCAACAAUGACGCCAGAGUUUAUGGCAGAUGCAAUUGAAGGCAUUGAUGGCUCUAUUCAGUCUCUGGAAGGCCGCGAAAUCAAAAUCAUACUGCCUCCUAAGCCAGUGGCUCUUCACUUUAUUCACGUCACUUGGGAGCAGUGCUGUGUGCUAUUCCGCUUCUACCAUCGACCUAGCUUUAUAGCUAACCUCGAUGAGCUUUAUGAAACAGAUCCACAUGACUACACCCACGAGCAGAUGCAUUUCUUACCUCUGUGUUACAGUGUCAUGGCCGUCGGCGCAUUGUUUUCGAAGUCCAUGCAAAAGACAGCAAAUGCAACUCCUGAAGAUACUGCAUCCUCACCAAACCAAUUCAUGCAAGAUGAGGGCUACAAAUAUUUUGUUGCAGCUCGCAAACUAAUUGAUAUAACCAAUGCCCGAGAUUUGAAUUCGUUACAAGCUAUAGUGAUGCUGUUUAUUUUCCUACAAUGCUCCGCAAGGCUUUCUACCUGCUACACUUACAUUGGAGUGGCUAUGCGUAAUGCACUGCGGGAAGGAAUGCACCGCAAUUUGAAUACGGAGACUCACGGUUACAAUCCCAUUGAAAUUGAGAUGCGAAAGCGUCUUUUUUACACCAUCUAUAAAAUGGACGUUUACGUGAAUACAAUGUUGGGACUGCCAAGAAGUGUAUCACAAAGGGAUUUUGACCAGGCUUUUCCAGCAGAAUUAACCGACGAGUAUAUCACUAAAACAGGUCUUGACUAUGAUAAGCAAGGCGACGUUCUUUCAUCUGCUGGUAUCGCUAACCAUCAUACGAGGCUGAUAAUGAUACUUGAUAACAUAGUCGCGGAGCUUUACCCAGUUAAAAAGACAAAUAGCCUAAUUUCUCACGACGUGGUCACUCAAUUGGAAAUCAAACUGAGACGCUGGUUGGACAAUCUCCCCCCUGAGCUUACUCCUGGGUUGAGUGAUGUACCCUCCAAAUAUGAAAGGGCCAAUCAACUUUUGCACCUUUCGUUUCUUCAAGUGCAGGUCAUUCUAUAUCGACCGUUUAUCCACUACCUGUCAGCAAUUUUACCGGCCAAAGCAACAGAUUCACUUUCGAUUCAAAGAGCACGCAACUGUAUAUCAGUUGCGCGCACAGUGGUAAAGCUGGCAAAAAAGAUGAUGGAGAAGAAAACCUUAACGGGUUCCUACUGGUUCAGUAUUUACAAUAUUUUCUUUUCAGUUGCGGGACUAAUUUUCUAUCUUCACGAAGUUACUCCUGUCGACGACGAUGGGGAAGCGGAAUACAGAGAAAUACAAAAUGAUGCUGAAAUGGGAAAAAGCGUUUUGCUCUACUUGAAAGAUACGAGUAUGGCUGCUAAUAGAACAUACAACCUGCUAAACAUGUUAUUCGAAAAAUUCAACUCGAAGACAAUAAAGUGGAGUCACGUAAAACAAGAUGAAUACAAUGCUUCUAUGCCUAAUUCCAAUGACCAAGUGCCCGUUAAAAGUCCUCCUAUCAAUGUCGGUAAUGAACCUAACUCAUACAAUUUAGACAAUAACAAUAUGGACCUCUUAGCUUUCGAAAAUCCUCAAGACAGCGCUUUACAAACCACUUCAACUAUUUCCGGAGUAAAUAUGAUGAACACGAUGAAUACGAUGAAUAGCUCAAGCAUGCUGAUGAAUAAGGAUUACGGUGGGGCGAACAACGACGUGCUGGAAAUGGACAACUUUUUCGAUCUAGGUAAUAAUAAUAUCUCUGAAGACAAACCUAUAAUAUCACAGGCUUCCAAUACACUUCCGAAAGAAGAGUAUGAGCCGCCAAUUGAUGCUAACGCAUCGGAAUCCUAUGUUCCAGGGGCGUUUGAUCAGCUUGACGUUCAACUUUUUGGACGUUAUCUUCCUCCCUAUAUGUCUCAGUGA